GGCUAAGGUUUUAGAUCGGAAGUAAUUCGUCUGCGCGCAAGGAAGAGAGUUGUUUACAAACAGAAGAGAAAGUUGGACAUGUAGCUAACUCGAGACAAACAGUUACGAAAUAGCCUAGAAGAAUGCAUCACCCAAGUUUUACACUCAUGGGUUUUUACUUUAAGUAGCUGAGUAAGAGGAGCAGGUGUGUAUGGUUGCAGAUGUGAGAACCCACCCGGGGUCAGAUGUCAGAGGAAGGGGGCAAGCUGACGCUGAGGCGUCUUGAAGGGCCGAUCCACAAGUUCACUAAAGUAGCCCUGCCGACAGACCUAGAAAGACUACAGAGACACCACAGCAAUAUACUGAAGUUCCAGCAUAGUGGACAAUGGGAUCGCCUUCAUCAGGAGCACAUCAAUGCCAGCCGCACUGUGCAGCAGUUGAGGGCUAAUGUUAGAGAGAUGGAGAAACUGUGUGGACGUGUCCGCCCGGAGGACGGCCCCGCCCUGGAGAGGAUGGUUCAGCCAAUCAGAGACCGAGCAUCUGCUGCCGCGCAAGACUUCCUACUGCUGCAUUCUAACCCCGCCCCUCUGCCACAGGCACCACGCCCCCCAGACCACUCAUCCGCAGAUGGUUCCCAUGGUGAUGAUGUGGGCAGGGAGCCUCCUCCUGUCAAUCAAACGCAGCUCCUCCUCCCAGUGAUCCCCCUCAACGAGAGUGCUGCCGAGUCCUGGGACACCCUGGAGGAGGACCUGAAGGAGCUUAGCGGUUUGGUGACAGAGUUCUCUCUGCUGGUCCAUUCCCAGCAGGAGAAGAUUGACAGCAUAGAGGAGAACGUCAACACAGCAGCAGCCAACGUGGAGGAGGGGACCAGGAGCCUCGGGAAGGCGGUGGGCUACAGGCUGGCAGUGUUACCCGUGGCGGGGGCAGUGUUAGGGGGGGUGCUGGGUGGGCCGCUGGGCCUACUGGUGGGGUUCAAGGCAGCGGGGGUGGCAGCAGCGCUUGGAGGGGGGGCUCUGGGGUUUGCAGGGGGGAACCUGGUCCAGAAGAAACGCAGAGCUAGAGUAGAGUCCCAGAUGAACCAGCUCACUGCACCCCCUACAGAACCAGAACCACCGCUGGACAAGAACAAGUGACCUCUGAUUGGUCGUGAAGGGACCUCUGACCUCCAGAAGCUUACACUGGUCCAGGUACUGCCUGACUACAUUGCAGACGCAUGCUAGAGCGUCUCUUUACUGUGGUAAUAAGGAACUCCUUCUCGCUGCCAAUAGACCGAGGAGAGGCCUACUGUGAAGAGAAGCCUGCCACUGGGAUCUACCACUUCCCAAUCAAUAAGACUUUUAAACAUCGUAGGAGAGCCUUGUUAAGGACCUGAGUGUGAAUGCUGUGUUAGUUGAGUGUGAUGUAUGUAUAUAUGAUGGGUCUGUUGGCUUUGUAUUUAAAACUUUAAAGCAACUGUCCAGUGUUUCCAGAUUUCUAUUAAAUAUGACCUACACAUUUUUACAAUAUAAAUGAAAUAGUUUUCCUUCCAAAAUCUUUUAAAUAUGUUAAAAAGCAGCUUUUCUGUGUUGGAAUGGUGUGGACGUAUACUGAUCUUAAAAAUAUUAAUGCGAGUAGACCGCUGAUUGGCCAGCUCAUCCUCCUCCGGAUGACAUCAUCCUCUGAGGAAACAGCAAAUUUUGAGAUACGUUUUUUUUGUUCUACAAUUAAUAUUUUGCCCACAAAUACGAGUAUAGGAUGAGUCAACAUUAUUUGGGUAUGAGAUUACAGAACUUUCACUGCACAGUUACUUUAUGUGUAUGAUUAUAUAUUAUGAAAAGAUGUGCAUUAUUAGUAGCAAACACUACAGCCUGCCUAGUUUUGUAACAUAAGUCAUGCUGUUUGGUGCCUUUUAGUACAGACGGAGAGAUGGUAGUUUUAAAGUCAUGUUAUUAUACUGUGUUUCUUGGACAGACUGUCUUAACUACCCUCAGUCUUUAUCAAAUACACACUCAGUGCCAAAGCCAGACACUGCCUGGGUCGAGGAGUCACCCAUCUCUCUCAUGAACUUAUUGAUGUUUGUCUCUGUGUUGAUCUGAGUCUGCAGCUCAUUAACAGAGGGAGGAGGGAGAGAAGAGAGAGGGAGGUAUAAACAGCAGUAAAUGUCAAGACUGUGUCCUGGUCUGAACCCUGCUGGAGAGGAGAGGCCUGCUCCCCCUGACAGACUGGGGACCAGAGAAUGAGUGAUUGUGAUUGAGAAAGGUUAGGAGGAUAAACACAGCUGUCCUGGGUGUACCAGGUAGAAAGUUGUGAUGUGUGUGAGGACAAAGUUUCCCCUCUUAAAAGUGCCACCAGAGAAACAGGUCACACCUGAUGCCAUCUACUACAACAGUGACCUCUGAACUCAGACCGGGACCAACUAAAUAUGGAUGCUCUUAAUCUAUGUGAUGAUUUACUGGGGUUUUAUAUUGCCAAAGAAAACCAAUAAAAUCUGCUUCUGAUGAAGGAAUUGUG